GCGGGGUUUUUUUUAAAAACAACAACAACAACAAGCAAACAACUAAGCAUUAACAUUACCGUAAUGGCAUUUGUUAAUGAUUUUCUGGGAAAUAUCUUCUUGAAUCUCAGCAAAGAUAAUUCACUUGGUAACAGCCCUUUCCUGCUUCCCUGCUAAGAAUUCAACUCACCCAGUUCUUUCCGGAAUCUAGCUAGUGUCUGAAUGAGAGAGGGGAGUACAAGGAAUGUUUCAGUCAAGCAUCCAUCACAUAGACUCAAGCCUGCCACCAACUGAGGUCAGGGAGAAGAGGGUGGUGGAGAGCAUUCAAGCAGAGCAAAAGCCUAAAGUCAAGCAGAAAGUCCACAGUAACCUGAGCCCCUUGGAGAAACAAAUGUACUCACCUCUGCUUUGGCUCUGGGGCGCUUUCUUUCUGGGGUGCUAGCAGCUGCGGCAGCCUACGGCAUCCACACUGUCCUAGCAGGACUGCGGCAGGCAGGCCUCAGUGGGAGGAAGGGAGUUCCCAUCCUCCAUCAGAAGGGAGUGGCCUUCACCAAAGGAGGCGAUGCCCUUAUUCCCCUAGGGUCCAGACGAUCGGAUCUGCUUGUCGUCCCCUGCUCCCUCUCUGAUGUGUAUGGAGCUCAGGGGAGCCCCCAGAGGAGGGCUACGUGCAGACCACACACCACACUCGCCCUGCUCCAGUUUGUUUCCCCAGCCUUGGGGAGCCUGGGGAGGGAGGCAGCGGAGUGUGUCGUGAAGCCACUCUCUUGGGGCCCCUACUAGAGCAGCUAGUGGACCCACAGAAAGCCCAAGGACGAAUACUUGUGUAUUUAUUUCUCCCCUUCUCAUGUGAUCUUAUUUUUGGACCAAACACAAAAGCUAUUUGGGGGCUGGACAGCUGCCAGGUGAAAGGACAGUUAUCUCAUCCAACUUGUCUCGAUGCCUCUCUCUGAACUGUCCCUGUUACCUUUCCCCAUGUAAGGCAGAAGGGGAAGUUGGGGCUUGCUCUGAACCUUACUUUUAAUAUAUCUGAGCAAUUAGUCUAAAUUGCUAACUUUAUUUCAGCCAGUUCAUCCCCACCCUUUAAGGUUGCACAGAGGAUCUAUCCAAUGAACAAAGUCACUGUUUCUAUGUCUGAGGCUACACGUAUAGCCAUCAUCUACACAGUACUGUAGACGGAGACCCUGUUAGCAGCACUGGGUGGGACCUCAGCCCUGGAAGGCACUUGUGAGUGAUGUGGAGGAGCAAGACUGUAACUCUGAAUCUCUGAUUCUGCCUGUUUCCUUUGGCUGCUUCUGCUUCUAACUCCUGGAUUUGUAAAACUUACAAUAUGUAAAUAGCUUGCUUUUUUCACUUCUGAUUCUUCCUCUUCAGACCUGAAUGGGAAGCUCUGAAACGCUUAUGCCUGACAAAAUGCCAAUUCCAUAUCAUUGUCUUCGUCAUCACCACAGUUAUUUCUUGAGCCCUUGCAAAAUGCCGUUCCCAUGCUGAGCUUUUUUCACAUUGUCUCAUUUAUUCUCACAACAGCUCUGUGGAGAAGGUAAUCCUGUUCCCAUCUGACAGCCAGAGAAGCAGAGGCCAGGAAGGCCUGAACCACUGGUAUUUUCUAGAGCUUCAUCAUUGAUUCCCAGCUCUUCUCUUCUUACAAAGUCUCACAGAGUAGCUCUUCAUCCAUGCUUUUCAACAGAUGCCCAAGGACAGCAUCCUUUGUGCCAGGUACAGUACCAACCAUCCUUGAAGGAUCAUCCCACAAGUUAAUGACACCCAACUCUCUGAAGUCCAGACCUCUCCUUUCAGAUUCAAAUUUGGACAUUCUCAUGAGUCCUGAAUUGAACUUGAGGCUCUUGUUAGAACAAGGGAGGAAGCCUACCUCCAGUUCCAUCUUCACGUGAGCAUCUGCCCUCGACAGUUUAUAGGAGUAGGCUGAAAAAUCAGUUCUUUUCCAAUUUUAUGUAACAUCCGCCAGAAGAAACAGAAGAUUAUAAAAAUGAGACUUAUCAAAGUUCAUCUUCCAACAAAGAGAAAAUUUCUCAGUGUCAGUGUGUGAAGACAGACAGGAUGGGUGUAGUGGAAAGAGUGUUGAACUAUUUGUCUUCAGCGAAGCGGAAAUUUGCAGACUCCUUAAAUGAAUUUAAAUUUCAGUGCAUAGGAGAUGCAGAAACAGAUGAUGAAAUGUGUAUAGCAAGGUCUUUACAGGAGUUUGCCACUGUCCUCAGGAAUCUUGAAGAUGAACGGAUACGAAUGAUUGAGAAUGCCAGUGAAGUGCUCAUCACUCCCUUGGAGAAGUUUCGAAAGGAGCAGAUUGGGGCUGCCAAGGAGGCCAAAAAGAAGUAUGACAAGGAGACAGAGAAGUAUUGUGGCAUCUUAGAAAAGCACUUGAAUUUGUCUUCCAAGAAGAAAGAGUCUCAGCUUCAGGAGGCAGACAGCCAAGUGGACCUGGUUCGGCAGCAUUUCUAUGAAGUAUCCCUGGAGUAUGUCUUCAAGGUGCAGGAAGUCCAAGAGAGGAAGAUGUUUGAGUUCGUGGAGCCUUUACUGGCGUUUUUACAAGGACUCUUCACUUUUUAUCACCAUGGUUAUGAACUGGCCAAGGACUUCAACGACUUCAAGACACAGUUGACUAUCAGCAUACAGAACACAAGAAAUCGCUUUGAAGGCACCAGGUCGGAAGUGGAAUCCCUGAUGAAGAAGAUGAAGGAGAAUCCCCUUGAGCACAAGACCAUCAGUCCUUACACUAUGGAAGGGUACCUCUAUGUCCAGGAGAAACGUCAUUUUGGAACUUCCUGGGUGAAGCAUUACUGUACAUAUCAACGGGAUUCCAAACAAAUCACCAUGGUACCAUUUGACCAAAAGUCAGGAGGAAAGGGGGGAGAAGAUGAAUCAGUCACCCUCAAAUCCUGCACACGGCGGAAAACAGACUCCAUUGAGAAGAGGUUUUGCUUUGACGUGGAAGCAGUAGACAGGCCCGGGGUUAUCACCAUGCAGGCAUUGUCUGAAGAAGACCGAAGGCUCUGGAUGGAAGCCAUGGAUGGCAGGGAACCUGUCUACAACUCAAACAAAGACAGCCAGAGCGAAGGGACUGCACAGUUGGACAGCAUUGGUUUCAGCAUCAUCAGGAAAUGCAUCCAUGCUGUGGAAACCAGAGGGAUCAAUGAGCAAGGGCUCUACCGAAUUGUGGGGGUCAAUUCCAGAGUGCAGAAGCUGCUGAGCGUCUUGAUGGACCCCAAAACAGCUUCUGAAACCGAAAUGGAUAUCUGCGCUGAGUGGGAGAUAAAGACCAUCACUAGUGCUUUGAAGACCUACCUAAGAAUGCUUCCAGGACCACUCAUGAUGUACCAGUUUCAAAGAAGUUUCAUUAAAGCAGCAAAGCUGGAGAACCAGGAGUCACGGGUCUCUGAAAUCCACAGCCUUGUUCAUCGGCUCCCAGAGAAAAAUAGGCAGAUGUUACAGCUGCUCAUGAACCACUUGGCAAAUGUUGCUAACAACCACAAGCAGAAUUUGAUGACAGUGGCAAACCUCGGCGUGGUAUUUGGACCCACCCUGCUGCGUCCUCAGGAAGAAACUGUAGCAGCCAUAAUGGAUAUCAAGUUUCAGAACAUAGUUAUCGAGAUCCUAAUAGAAAAUCAUGAAAAGAUAUUUAACACCGUGCCAGACACGCCCCUCACCAAUGCCCAACUGCACCUGUCUCGGAAGAAGAGCAGUGACUCCAAACCCCCGUCCUGCAGCGAGAGGCCCUUGACACUCUUCCACACUGUGCAGUCAACAGAGAAACAGGAACAAAGAAACAGCCUCAUCAACUCCAGUUUGGAAUCUGUCGUCUCUUCAAAUGCGAACAGCAUCCUCAAUUCCAGCAGCAGCUUACAGCCCAACAUGAACUCCAGUGACCCAGACCUGGAUGUGCUCAAACCCACCCGGCCCAACUCGCUCCCCCCGAAUCCAAGCCCAACUUCACCCCUCUCGCCAUCUUGGCCCAUGUUCUCGGCGCCAUCCAGCCCUAUGCCCACUUCAUCCACGUCCAGCGACUCAUCCCCCAUCAGGUCUGUUGCAGGGUUUGUUUGCUUUUUUGUUGCUGCCGUUGUUCUCUCAUUGGCUUGGUCCUCUCUUCAUGCAGUGUUCAGCCUCCUCGUCAACUUUGUUCCCUGCCAUCCAAACCUGCACUUGCUUUUUGACAGGCCAGAAGAAGCAGUUCGCGAAGACUCCAGCACACCAUUCCGGAAGGCAAAAGCCUUGUAUGCCUGCAAAGCAGAACACGACUCCGAGCUCUCAUUCACAGCAGGGACGGUCUUCGAUAAUGUGCAUCCGUCCCAGGAGCCUGGCUGGUUGGAGGGGACUCUGAAUGGAAAGACAGGCCUCAUACCCGAGAACUACGUGGAGUUCCUGUAAAUGGGAGCCCUGGCAGAACUGCUGAGCUUUCCACGGUAUCCAUGACAACUGCUGAUUCCAGUGUUGUGGGCCAUUGCUCUUUGCCGCUGAGAAAUACAGGGUGACUGACUCUGCUGCUACCUGUCAGCACGAACGUUUUCGUAAACUCUGGUGUCACACAUCCCCGUGAUCAUCUCAGCUGACAUGCGUGAUACUGCAAGAAAGAGAAGGAAAUCAGCAGAGGAGGCCAUUUGAUUUUGAUCACCACGAGAAAGGCUUACAGAGCCAUGUCUCUUAUUUAGCACCCUACAUGGGGUGUGCUCAUUUUGUUUUCACAGUGAUCCAAACCCCAACCUUCUGAAAAAGGAAGUAAGUGAGAUACAAGUAGUCCCCAAGAGCAUGCAUUGUAGCCAGCUCUGACAGGGCUGGGCAGUGGCCUGAGAUCCAGGCUGGGUCCACUGCUUUUGUUUACAGUAGACACUCACUCUAUCCCACCUCUGAAUACUUGAGCCCCGCAGUGCUCCAGGCUGCUGGGUCUGUUAGUUUGCAUGAAGGAUGGAGAGGGGUCACGGCACUGGUUACACAAGAUCCAAUCUCACCAUCUCUCAAGCAGCCAUUGGCCCAGCAUCAGCAGAAUUCUGUCCAGUCCUCUCAUGCAAGAGAACACACACAUUCCAGGGCCCCCCUCCCAAGCUGGGAACUUCUCUGCCACCGAGGGCUGCCAUCACCUUAUAAUCAUGGCGACCCAGCCUACUCUAAACCAAACCAAAAAGUAACACAAAAUAUUUGCAUGACAUAUUUUUUUGCCCCCUCGCCCUUUCAGUCAUUUUUUGAAUGGUUUUCCAACAACCUGGUCAAGUUCUGGACUUCCCUGAUGGCUCAGCUGGUAAAGAAUCCGCUUGCAAUGCAGGAGACCUGGGUUUGAUCCCUGGGUUGAGAAGAUCCCCUGGAGAAGGGAAAGGCUACCCACUCCAGUAUUCUGGCCUGGAGAAUUCCAUGGACUGUAUAGUCCAUGGGAUUGCAAAGAGUCGGACACAACUGAGUGACUUUUAAUUAACCAGGUCUACUUGGGGGCAGAUGGAAUAUCAGCUGAGAACCGUUCCCUUUCUGAUGAAUUUCAGCAGCACCAGUAUAUAUUUGGAGCAAACUCCAGUAACCUCUUGAGAUUAAAUUACAUACAGGCUUAAUAUUUCUGUUCUUACAUGCAACUCAUGUCUGUUUUCUAGAGGGCAACAUGCUGCCUCCUAAAGAGGGACACCAUCUAUCUGUCUCUCUCAUUCCCUCCUGUUCACCUGUCCCUCCUCCUGCCCCUGCCUGCCUCUAGCCUACCACUGACCAGCUCCCGUGGCCAUACCCUGGGUUGCUUAGCACUGGUCCCCUGGAGGUUUUCAGGCAUGACUCCUGAGCUAAUAACCCCAUGGCCUCCAGUUUAAAAGGACAUACAUGUUCACUGCCACUCAGAAAAAGGGAAUUGUUUCUCAGGCUUUUGGGGUGUGAGACUAAUAGGAGAAGCCAUUGUGAUUUAGGAGGAUGCCACAAGGCUGGGGCAUGGAAGGUGGGAUGGGUACCUUCUGAGAAAGAGGAUUUCCUGGACCAGAAGGGGCUGGGUCUUGUGGAAGACCACCUUGGAUGGGGAAGUUUGGCCUGGACAUUUCAACUCCACUUGGCUUCCAAAGAAGAGAGUCCCAGUAUUUCCACACUUGAAUGUCCCUACAAGAGUGAUUCUGGGCAGACCAACUCCAAAGUGAGGGACUGUCAAGCUCCCUGGGAGCCCUACAGGAAUGGCAGCCAUGUUCCAGAGUGUGUCCCGCUUCCGGAAUUCCUCUUGAGGGAACUUUAAAGAAGAAAAGAAAAACUUGAAUUGUGUUGAAUUACUGUAUCUUUUACAUUUUUUUGAAAAGAUAAAUUUGUAAAUAGAGUGAUUUGAAAUACUA